GACUAUAGUUAUAUAUAGUAACUAUUUUAUAAGUUUUCUUGUAUACUUAAAUAUUUGGCUGACUCUUUCUCGAGCUCUAUUUCUGAUAUUUACAUGCUGUCAUCAUGAUCCAUGCCAUCCAUGUUUUAUUCCUUGUAUACUCAGUCAACAAGGUGACAGUAAAGUUGCCUAUGGAAGAGAGAGUGGAAAAUUAAGUACACAUUUUACUAAUCCCCUCAACUGAAGCUUGACACAAAUUUAUUCAAAUUUGGAUACUCUGGUAUUUGUUGUAAUAAGACACCAGCUGUCACAAGACAAACCUUACAAUAGGUAUUUGUUGUAAUAAGACACCAGCUGUCACAAGACAAACCUUACAAUCGGUGUGGGUGGAUGCUUUAAUAUGUCAUAUGAUCGUAUGACCAUUUGUGUUAUUUUAUUGCAUGUCACGGCCUCUAAGAAUGCUCUUUUAUAUAACGAACAAAUACUAUUAUAUAAGUACUUAUAUGGUGGUUUUCAAAAUUUCAGGGAUUGUUUUUCCCCGUAUAGGUAGUAGCCAGUUUUGUAUUAUAAUUAUCGGUCAGUGAAUUUAGUUUCAUUUCACUGCUGCUUUGGCGAUCACAGCUAAUGGUGCAUUAGAUCUCUACAGCUAUACAAAAACUGACUGUGUUCAAGUAGUGUAUUGUGGGCCAAGAUAAUUCACUGACAGGAAGUUUUUGUGAACUUAAUUGCUGUAUCGAUUGUUGAUCAUGGGAAUUCGGACCUUAACCGCCUACAUGAAAGAGAUGGGGCACUUCGAGUCUGUAACCCUGAGAAAAGUUUCCAGUAGGAUUGUCAUUGAUGGAUUUAGCUUGCCCUAUAAAUUGUUUUGUGGAAUUGGAUGGGGUGAUUAUUAUGAGUUUUAUGAGAAAGUUGUAAAUUUCUUUACAAUGCUAAAAUCUAUCGGAAUCGAGGCCUAUGUGGUAGUCGAUGGUAUUGAUUAUGAAAAUGAAAAGGCAGCGACUAGUGACGAUCGAGUUUUACAGCGGCUUAGGAUGUUGAGUAGGGCUGAAUCUCAGAUUGAACAGCUGAAAAAGAACGAGAUGAUUGUUCCUAAUCUGGCAAAAAUUGUGUUUGUCGAUGCUGUUCGUAAAACCAUUGGGGCUAGGUUCUUUGUUGCCGAUGGUGAAGCUGAUCGAGAUGUGGUGUCACUUGCAAAUCAUCUUGGCUGUCCUGUCUUAGGUUUGGACUCAGAUUUCUUCAUUUUUAACAUAAACCAUGGACUGAUUCUCAUACUGCACAAUUUACAAGACCUUAAAACAGAGGUGCAGUAUUUUCACUAUCAGAAAUUUGAUCGAACAUGCAACUUUAGCCACCCUCAAAUUCGCCUUUUCUUACCAUACUGUCUUGGCAACGACUUUCACGGUCGCCAUGCACUACCUGAGCUAGGAAUUGAUCGAGAGUCUAAAGUAGAGUUAAUAGUUGAAAAGCUUAGUACCUCCUCUUUAAACAUUGAUGAUUAUCAAACAGAACUCGCUAGUGAUCACAAGUUUUAUGAAGUUGUCCCUCGUUCAUUUGAAGACCUGUCUCAACACUCAGCAUUUAGUACAUCAGUCCCUCAGUGGAUUGUAUCUCGUUUCAAAAAAGGAGAGUUUUCGCGCAAUGUAAUGCAUUUCUUGGUAGGCCAUAUUCUGGAGGGGAGCAAAAUCUGGAAUUAUCUACUAGUUGUUGAAGAUAUGAAGAGAGAGUCUGCUUGGAAAGUGACCAAUUCGGUCCUUCUGUAUGUUAUUGGUGCUCUCAUUAGUUGCUAUAUGAAAGUGGCAGUAUCCCUGAAAUUAUUGUGGGGGUCAGGCAAAAAUCGCUGUGUAAAUUAGAAGAACGAAAAAUUUCUUCCUCGCUCAAUGAGAAGCAUUUAGAGAUUCUUGGAUCACACAAUCUGUUGAAUAUUCCUGAUAUGCCCAAAACAAAACGAAGAGACAUCGUUUUACGUGUAUUUCAGUGCGAACAAAUUUCAGCGGAAUUGGAGAAUGUCUCUGAAGAUCUGAAAUUAUCAGUAGUUGCAAGCCGGUGUUGGCUGAUGGCUAUUCACUCAAGUGUGGACCAUCGAUUCAAGGCUUUCAUUUUGGCUCUAGUUCUCUGCCUUCAAAAGUGUCUCUGUAAAGGCAGUGAUGAAAUUAAGGAUUGCCGUAACCAAAUGAAGGCUCUUGAUCGGAUCCACUACUUAGCUCAAUGGGAAUGCAUGCUUCACCUUGCCAAUACUUUCAACCAGAUCCUCGGCUGCCCUUUUACCUACAAAAGCCUGGGUCGUAUGUUCUCUGCAACAGUAUUUCAAAAAUUUUUCGUGAACUUACCCAAUCCUCUCUACUCAAUGCUUGACGAAGAAGGGAGGAAUAUGUACAAUGCAAUAACGAAAGAGCUUCUCCCGGAUGCACCAGUCGAACCUGUUCGCCAAGCCCAUGCUGUUCGAUUACAAUAUUCAAUCCCUACUCAGAACAGAUUUGCAUCAUUGUCUAACUUUGUGGAUUGAAUUCUACAGCAUCUAAAUCACUGCAUGUUUAUCGAUAGUGAUCAUGAGCAAUUAAUGUAACAAUAGUAUCACGAUACAUUUGAUAUUCAUAGAACCCCG